UAAUCAGACGAAGGAGACAGGGAUCUACAUCAAGCGCUGCUGUAAGGGAUUUUGCAUUGACAUCUUGAAGAAAAUCGCCAAGUCAGUCAAAUUUACGUACGACCUUUACUUGGUCACUAAUGGAAAACACGGCAAGAAGAUCAACGGAACCUGGAACGGCAUGGUGGGAGAGGUGGUGUUAAAAAAUGCCCACAUGGCUGUCGGAUCCUUGACUAUCAACGAGGAGAGGUCAGAGGUCAUCGACUUUUCUGUCCCUUUCAUCGAGACAGGAAUUAGUGUCAUGGUUUCCCGCAGUAAUGGCACCGUGUCUCCCUCAGCGUUCUUAGAGCCCUUCAGCGCAGAUGUGUGGGUGAUGAUGUUCGUCAUGCUGCUGCUGGUGUCAGCAGUGGCUGUGUUUGUGUUUGAGUACUUCAGCCCUGUGGGCUACAACCGCUGUCUGGCUGAUGGCAAAGAGCCUCACGGUCCAUCGUUCACCAUCGGGAAGGCCAUCUGGCUGUUGUGGGGUUUGGUGUUCAACAACUCUGUGCCCGUACAAAACCCAAAAGGCACCACCAGUAAAAUCAUGGUUUCAGUAUGGGCUUUUUUUGCUGUCAUUUUCCUGGCCUCCUACACUGCCAACCUGGCUGCUUUCAUGAUCCAGGAGGAGUAUGUGGACCAGGUUACUGGUCUCUCUGACAAAAAGUUCCAAAGCCCCAACGAUUUUUCACCUCCAUUUCGGUUUGGCACGGUCCCCAACGGGAGCACAGAGAGGAAUAUUAGGAACAACUACCCAGAAAUGCACUCCUACAUGACAAAGUUCCAUCAGAGGAACGUCAACGAAGCACUGCAGAGUCUGAAGGCCGGCAAAUUAGAUGCUUUCAUUUAUGACGCGGCCGUACUGAACUACAUGGCUGGCAGGGACGAGGGCUGUAAGCUGGUGACCAUCGGCAGCGGCUACAUCUUUGCCACCACGGGGUACGGCAUUGCCAUCCAGAAGGAGUCGCUGUGGAAGAGACACGUGGACCUGGCCAUCCUGCAGCUUUUUGGAGACGGUGAGAUGGAGGAGCUGGAGUCUCUGUGGCUGACGGGGAUCUGCCACCACGAGAAGAACGAGGUGAUGUCCAGCCAGUUGGACGUGGACAACAUGGCCGGCGUCUUCUACAUGCUCGGCGCCGCCAUGGCUCUUUCUCUCAUCACGUUCAUCUGCGAGCACUGGUUCUACUGGCAGCUGCGCUUCUGCUUCAUGGGCGUGUGCUCCGGGCGGCCCGGUUUCGUCUUCACAGUCAGCAGGGGUAUAUACAGCUGUAUUCAUGGAGUGCAGAUUGAAGAAAAGAGCAGUUCUGCGUUGAACUCCCCAUCAGCCACCAUGAAUAACACCCAUUCCAACAUCAUGCGCCUCUUACGCACCGCCAAGAACAUGGCUUCCCUGUCGGGUGUGAACGGCUCACCCCACAGCGCUCUGGACUUCAUUCGCCGCGAAUCUUCUGUAUAUGACAUCUCUGAGCACCGCCGCAGCUUGGCAGGCCACUCUGACUGCAAACCUCCAUACAUGCCAGAGGACAACAUGUUCAGUGACUACAUCAAUGAGGUGGAAAGGACGUUUGGCAACCUACAUCUAAAGGACAGUAACCUGUACCAGGACCACUACCUACACCACCACGGCUCAACUCUAGGCCUCACUGGGCCUCCUCCCAACAGGCCCCACAGUUUGGGCAGUGGUAGUUCUCUGGAGGGGGGCAUGUUCGAUUGUGACAGCCUUGGUGGAGGGGUUGCGCCUAUCUUUACCACCCAGCCCUGCUCAGCACUGACCCACAGGAACAUGAGCAAGUUUGACCUCUUGUCCGGACAGACUCCUCCCUCAGGCCAGAGCUUCAAGGGAGGUCUGCCGGACUUGUAUGGGAAAUUCUCCUUCAAGGGAGGUGCUUCAAGUUCCACCUACAUCCCCGGACAAGGUUACUGUGCGGGGAGAGGAGAGGAAGAUGGGAAUAUACGAUCAGAUGUCUCAGAUAUUUCUACACACACAGUAACCUACGGGAAUCUGGAGGGUAACGCCAAGAAGCGCAAACAGUACCGAGACAGUUUGAAAAAGAGGCCGGCCUCUGCAAAGUCCAGACGGGAGCUUGACGAGAUUGAGCUGGGAUACAGGAGAAAACCUUAUCACAUCAGCCACCACCACUACCACAGUCAACGCUCUGCCUCUCCACCUCUCCUACCCUCUGAACGCAAGAGAGGUGGUGGAGGGGGGAACAAUAACGGGAGCUCAUAUCUUUUCCGAGAAAAGGAGAGUGUGAGGGACUUUUACUUGGACCAGUUUCGGCCCAAAGAGGGCGUCCCUCAGUGGGAACAUGUGGACUUGACAGAAGGCCCAGGAAGUAGAGAUGGGGGUGUAUCAACCUGCACUUCCUUGGUACCUGUGGAUGACUUUCUUAAGAGCAAGCCCAAGAAGUCGGAUUCAAAGAGUGGGGGAGGAUCUGGGCUGGCAGGGGGAGAGUGGGAGUGCAGAAACUGUCGGGCUAGUGUGGCAGGUGGGGGCAAGCAGAUGUCCAUUCAUGGCRGUGGUGGCUAUGGUGGGGGUAUGAGCUGUGGGUCCUCAGGGGGUGGAGGUAACAGCCGGCCCAGCUCUGCGACCUGCAUGCGUUGCGAAGGUUGUAAAAAGACAGGAAAUUUGUACGAUAUCAGCGAGGACAACAACCACUCCUUGGAACAAAUGGGGGGUGGGAAUGAAGGAGUGGUAGGCUGCAUGGCCCCAGGCCCCCAGUCUCAAUCUCAGGUCCAGCAGAGGAGGAAGAGCGGAGGGUUCGGGAAGCAGCUGAGGCGGCAACAUUCUUACGACACAUUUGUGGACCUUCAGAAGGAGGAAUCAGGUGGAAUGGGAAGUUUGAUGGGAGGUUUGGGAGGAGGUGGAGGGAUAAGUGGACCAAAUUUGGGAGGAAUGCUGCCCCCACCAAGAAGUGUUAGCUUGAAGGAGAAAGAACGCUACAUGGAAGGUAACAGCCCCUUUGCACACAUAUUUGAGCGCCACGGGGGCUCUGAGAGAGAAAGAGAAAGGGACAGAGACCCAUUGUUUUAUGGAGGUGAGAGCCAGAAAGGACCUGGCUCACCGUUCGGCCUGUUCAGAAGCGGUGAGGGCCUCCAUCGCCGCUCCAUCGGAGAAAGAGACAUGAGAGACAGGUCUUUGAUGGAAGGAGGAGGUGGGGCAGCAUUCUCUUUAUCCAAAUCUCUUUACCCAGACAGGGUAAACCAAAACCCCUUUAUUCCCACCUUUGGUGAUGAUCAGUGUCUGAUGCACGGAGCCAAACAAUAUUACAUGACAAAGCAACAGCAACAAAUUGCCACAAACAGCCGAAGUGACUUCAGGGGUCAGAUGAGUGCUGGAUCGUAUAUGCCAGCGUCUGCCACAGCCGGGGGGAUGUCCAGUGUGUCCCCCCGGUUCCCAAAAGAGCUCAGUUUCAGUGGGAUGAACCAUCAUGGCUCCAUGUUAGGGGUCGGCCCCCCACGUCCCUUCAACGGAAGCAAUGGCCAUGUGUACGAAAAACUCUCCAGUAUUGAGUCUGACGUGUGAAAGACAAACCGCAAGGAGGAGGAGUGCAAUAGAGGUACAGUAUCAAGCAUUAGGAGAUCAGGGCUAUUUCUUUAAACACUGUAGACACAAAACAGCCCACAGGGAGACAGGAAGAUGUUGGGGGGAGACUGGAAGGUUUUGUUUCUAAAAGUAUUAGAGUGAGGGAAAUUGAUGAUAAAAAAAAUCAGGACAUCCUGAGGAGGUUUGGGGAUGCCAACCUUCUCUGAUAAAAUGGCCAAAGCUACUCUACCUUACAUCCAUAUAAAGUCAAUAAACAUUCCAAAUACCCUCCAAUCCAAGUCCUAUCAUUUUCUCCACCAGUGUUUUAGUAGUCACWGCAUCUUAGUUUGCUCGUGACCGUAUGGUGUGAGGUGAUGGCAGUCCGAAGGCUCCCGCUGAGUGCAUGUGAGGAAAUACAGUGAAAGCGAGGAGACAGAAGCGAACUCUCCAUCUGCUCCUGCGUUUCUGCAGAAAGUAGAUGUUUUUCCCCAUUCGCCCAAGUCACAACACAGGUCACCGCUCUUCACCCGUCCUCUUCUUCUCAGCGCCCGUUUCUCCUCCUCAUUCCCAACACCUAAAGAGCUGUUUGUUAUCAAAAAUACAAUCAUGAAUGAUAAUAAGAUAUUCUUAUAGAAAACAGGGUACAAGAACAACAAUAACAUGAAUAACAGACAUUUUUGCUGAUUAUGGUACUACUGUUUUAAGGCAUCAGUAAGUUUUUUUUAUUCUGUUGGUAUAAUAUUUUACUACUUUCUAAGUAUCUGUAGUUGUGUAUUUGUCUGCUAACAGUGGCGGCAGAAAAGUUGUUUUUGUUGUUAUCCUACAAGCCAGAAGGACUGAGGUCUCUAAGUUGUGUUUUUCUGUUAAACAUUUUACUCCAUACUCAUUCAUGUAUUUGCUUCUUUUUGAAACGCUGGAUCUCAAAGACACACUUGAUGCUGAGAGAUCCUUAAAGACAUUAUAAACCAAGCUCACACAUCCGGACUGAAACACACACACACAGUUUUUGUCAGUCUGAACUUGUGUUACUGUGAACAACAGAAGCUGAAGCUGCUGAGUGGAAGGAUGUGCCUUAGUGGUCUCCAGUGGAAGUGUCCUCCAGUUCACAAGUGGAGGGACCGGUGGGCUUUCACGCUGCUUGGUGUUCUUAUCACAAUUGAGCCAAAACCGCAUUAGAAGUCAACAGCAGGCCACUGCUGCUGGUUUCAACACAAGAUGCUGUUUAGGAUCUUUUAUAUCUUCGUAAAACUAUUUCAUAAGUCAGGAAUGGGGAGUGUUUUAUGAACUAAGUGUAUUCAGGAUACACAACGUGACACAUCAACCACUUCCCUUACUCAGCCUCGCUUUAGUUUUCUAUUAAAGGCAUUCAUUUGAACUACCAUAAGCAGUCUGGGAGGCUCAUACAGCAAGCUUUGUUUUGACUGUGUAAGAUUAAUAUUAUGCACUGUCACUUACGUAGGAGAAAUGUUUAAAAAAACGUGUAGGAGAAGCGUUGCUAUCCCACGACUGUAAAAAGCCGAGCUAUGGAGGCUUCUUAAACACAAGCAAAGGCUUCAGGAAAGUGGUUAUCUCAUGAAAGUUUUUUUUAUUAUUAUUACUUGGACUGUUGUAUAUAGUGUGUUUAACAGAAGAGGCCUCAUUUAUUGCACAGGACCUUUUUAUUCAAUGUAGGUUCAGGCACUCAGUAGACAUGCCUUAUCGUCUCAUCACCCCUGACCUGCUCCUCAAGCCGUCUGGUGAUGACUCAUCACGACCCGACUGCRGGGGGGGGCUUCUAUUAGAGAUCUGAAGGUUUCGUCUUUGAUUUGUUGGUUUUACAAGUUCAAGGGCUGAAGGAGAUUGUGCAGAAGUGCUGGCCACAGUACAGAGCUGUGAGAAUAUGUGGAAAACAAUGUUCGCUGACUGAACCCCGAUACAAAUUCACCCUCACUGAGAGUUGGCUAAUAUGUUUGUGCACAUAGACAGAAACUAAAUGUCUGAGCUUCUAGGCAUGGGCCUGUUUCUUAUUCUAGAUAAAGUAAUCAAUGAUUUCAAUAAAAUCCUGUUAUUCUUUUAUUUCCAUUACCAAUUUCUUUUAUAGUCAUUUGAUUAUUUAGAGAGAUUAAAAACAAUAUCUUAUCUGUUGUAGAUAACUCUUCGAAUAAUCUCAGUUUGGAAAAAAUGUUUGAUUCUUGAUGAGCUAGUCCAAGCUUGGCUUGCUGAUCUCAUAAUCUUUGCAUGUUGUAACAAUUCAUGAAAACACCUUUGAUAAACUUUUACAUCAUUAUUUAAUUAUUUUUAUAUUUCUGACGCAAGCUGCACCAGAAGUGCUGAAGUUAGCUGCUGCUAAGUAUUCCACUUCUCAAUAACCACAAAAGUGUGUAUAAAUAACAAUAGAAUGUGAAAUAGGUGGUGUUGUGAAGGUUAACAAAAAAAACUUUUGCAUAAAUUCUUUUGAAAUGCUUAGAACUAGUGUUGUAUUGAGAUGGCAACUUUGAUUUUUACUGCUUUGAGACGAGCAGUUAUCCCUAAUUUACACUACUUGCGUUCCRUCUCCGCUCCGCUGCGGUCCGAUCUCCGCGGCAAAUACGCACUCAUUAUAAUCAAUGAGAGUGUUUACACUGGCUGCACACGGGUGCGCAGGGCGGCGGUGAGCAGACGGCGGUCCGU